UCUAAGAAUUUAUUUUACAGUCUUGUUUUUAUCUAUUAGUAGUUUUUCAAUGUUUAACCUGUUCCAGUCUCUGCUCUUUGGGUGCGGGGUUACUUUCACCCCAUGUAGGAACGAGAUGUAAGCUCUGUGACCUUAACCCGAUUUUGUCUACAGCUUUCCGCAACUUUUGUGUAUGUUUUAUUUAUUUGUUUAUGUUGCGAAAUAAGUGUCCAAUUCGUGUUAGCAGAACACUCUGCGGUUCAUAUCCUGAUAUCUGAGCUCUUUUAACAUUUAGUGGUUUUCAUUUAGACUACACAGCUGAAAUUCACAGCUGGACUGUUUUAAUGUCAAACGAGAAUUUUUGCCAACUCAUGAACAUGUAAAUAAAUUGAAUCAGUAAAAGUGCUUGAUAAGUUGUAUUACAAGGUCUAUAUUUAAAACAUUUUCAGUUGUUAUAUAUUCAUCUCGUAAGCAAAGCGUAUUAAGUUCAACGAGUUCAGUAGUUCACCCCUCCCUCGCCGAAAGUGACCAUAACUUCUACUGCACUUGGCGCCGUUAUGAGAAAAAGGAGCGGACCCAAGGGCAGCUAGCCGGGUAGCACGACGAAUAACCAGGAUGUUCAGGGGUCCACGAACACUGGUGUGUGCUUGUAAUUUAAGGUCACUGCAGCUGUCAAAAGAAUUUCGCCUUUUUGCUUUCUCUAAACACAUUGACUCAACGUGUUUGGAAGUAAGACACAUUCAUGCCAGAAGACAUGAUCAAAUCCAUGAAAAAGACACUAUGACUUUAUGCUGUUCAUCUCAACUGACGUCUUUCAGCGCAGACAGUGAGAAUUAUCAGCUGGAAGGCCUUAUAUCUGAAACCCCUAUUUCCAAAGCCAUUCUGAAAAGCCAUUAUCAUCAACCUCAGGUCUCUGCCAAAACCAAAGCACCUUAUGUUUUCAGCACUUUCUGGCACUGUUUAUUCAACAGGACUUCCUGGCCUUUGGAUCUUAGCCCGGCUACAAUUUAUAAUAUGCCAGCACUUAAUCCCCGGAUUUCAAACCAGUUCCACUGUCGAGCACAAACCCACUAUCACUCCGUCUAUCAAAUCAGAACUGUUCAUCAGGCUGUCCCUCGUGUAACAGACACCUGGAAGGACUGCCUGUCCCCUGAGAACGAAAAUAGAUGUCGACAGAUCCUGCAGGCCAACUGGAAGCACUACGACAUGGACAAAGUGAGACAAGGGGCCGGCCAGGCUCAAGGAAAGAACAAAGGGAAGUGGGCUUCCAUCUUGGUUUCCCUCUGCUACGAUAAAGGAGGACCGGCGUUUCUGUUUACUCUGCGCUCCUGUACGCUGAAGGGCAAGCACAAAGGAGACGUCAGCUUUGCUGGAGGAAAGGGUGAUCCAUCAGACAGAGAUGUAGUGGCCACUGCAUUGCGGGAAGCCAGAGAGGAGCUUGGAGUUACUAUUCCAGCUGAAAGGGUCUGGGGUGUCAUGAAACCUCUGAGGGACACAUCAGGGAUGAUGAUUGCUCCGGUGUUGGCUAACCUUGGUCCUCUUGAGGAGUUGGCGUUCAAACCAAACCCAGAGGAGGUAGACGAGAUCUUCACCUUGUCCUUGUCACACCUGUCCAAUCCCCAGAAUCGCGGCUACACAAACUUUCGUACUGGCAACAAGUAUGGAUACACACUACCAGUGUUUUGUAAUGGCAAACACCGAGUAUGGGGUCUGACUGCAGUUGCUCUGGACCAUACUAUCAAACUUCUUAUACCUCCAUAUGGAUCUGUUACUGAGGUUUUCAAUGGCUGAAUGCUUCUUUUUGUAGCAGACAUCAAUAAUCAGUGAAGAAAAUCUGGAUUUCUUUCAUCCAGUCUAAUGUUUAAUAAUCUUGUUGUGUUUAUUAACGUGUUAGGAGACAGAUCUUUUCUCCUAUACAUUCGAUGAUUAUAUAUUAUAAUCUGUUAUGAAGAAUCAAGAUAGCAGUCAGAUUUUUUGACCUCACUGAAAGGCACUGUUGAAGCUUUUCUUCUGUUUUUUAACUAAUAAAGUGAAGAAGAAUA